AUGGCUUCUUAUCAUGGAUUCAACUUGGAUGUGGAGAACCCCAUAAUCUUCCACGGGGACGCAGCUGGCUUUGGGUGGACCGUGGCUCAGUUUGGCAGAUCUCGGCUGGUGGUGGGAGCGCCCCAAGAGGUCACGGCAGCCAACCAAACGGGCCGGCUGUACAGCUGCUUGCCUGCAGCCAGCUCGUGCCACCCCAUCUCCUUGCACAUGCCCCUAGAAGCUGUGAACAUGUCCCUGGGUCUGUCCCUGGCCACCUCCACUAACCACUCCUGGCUCUUGGCCUGCGGGCCAACUGUGCACAGAGCCUGUGGGGAGAACAUGUACGCAAAGGGCUCCUGCCUCCUGUUGAACUCCCACCUACAGGCCAUCCGGACAGUCCCUGCGGCCCUGACAGAGUGUCCAAAUCAAGAGAUGGACAUUGCCUUUCUGAUUGAUGGCUCUGGCAGCAUUGAACAAAGUGAAUUUAACCAGAUGAAGGGUUUUGUCAAAGCUGUGAUGGACCAGUUCAAGGACACCAACACCCUGUUCUCCCUGAUGCAGUACUCAAACCUCCUGAAGAUCCACUUCACCUUCACCCAAUUCCAGACCAACCCAAGCCCCGAGAGCCUGGUGAUGCCCAUCGUACAGCUGAAGGGCCUGACGUACACAGCCACCGGCAUCCAGAGAGUGGUGAAUGAGCUAUUUCAUAGCAAUAAUGGGGCCCGCGAAAGUGCCAAGAAAAUACUCAUCGUCAUCACAGAUGGGCAGAAGUACAGAGACCCCCUGAGCUACAGCGAGGUCAUCCCCCAGGCAGAGAAAGCUGGGCUUACCCGCUACGCCAUCGGGGUGGGAGACGCUUUCCAGGAGCCCACGGCCAGGCAGGAGCUGAACACGAUUGGCUCAGUGCCCCCGCAGGACCAUGUGUUCAAGGUGGACAACUUUGCAGCCCUCAGCAGAAUCCAGAAAAAGCUUCAGGAGAAGAUCUUUGCGGUAGAAGGAACCCAGUCAAAGACCAGUAGCUUCUUUCAGCAUGAGAUGGCCCAGGAAGGCUUCAGCGCGGUGCUCACCACGGAAGGUCCAGUUCUGGGGGCAGUGGGAAGCUUCGGCUGGUCUGGAGGCGCCUUCUUGUAUCCCCCAAAUGGGAACCCCAUCUUCAUCAACACGUCUAGGGAGCAUGUGGACGCGAGGGACUCUUACCUGGGUUACGCCACAGAGCUGGCCCUUUGGAAGGGGGCGCAGAGCCUGGUCCUGGGGGCUCCUCGCCAUCAGCACACCGGGAAGGUCAGCAUCUUCAUCCAGGUUUCCGGGCGAUGGAGGCCACAAGCCGAGGUCAGAGGGACCCAGAUCGGCUCCUACUUCGGGGCCUCCCUCUGCUCUGUGGAUGUGGACAGAGAUGGCAGCACUGACCUGGUCCUCAUUGGGGCCCCCCAUUACUACGAGCCGACCCGGGGGGGCCGGGUGUCCGUGUGUCCCCUGCCUAAGGGGCAGAGGGCUCCGUGGCGGUGUGAAGCUGUUCUCCAGGGCGAGCAGGGCCACCCCUGGGGCCGCUUUGGGGCAGCCAUGACGGUGCUGGGGGACGUGAGUGGGGACCAGCUGACAGAUGUGGCCAUCGGGGCCCCUGGAGAGCAGGAGAACCAGGGCGCUGUUUACAUGUUUCAUGGAGUCUCUAGAGGGGGCAUGAGCCAGGCCCACAGCCAGCGGAUCGCCGGUUCCCAGCUCUCCCCCAGCCUCCAGCACUUCGGGCAGUCCCUGAGCGGGGGCCAGGACCUCACCCAGGAUGGACUUGUGGACCUGGCUGUCGGGGCGCAAGGGAAGGUGCUGCUGCUCAGGACUCUGCCCGUGCUGAAAGUGGAAGUGUCCAUGAGAUUCACCCCCGUGGAGGUGCCACGAGCCUUGCACCACUGCUGGGAGGAGGCGCCCCCCGCUCUGGAGGCUCUGGAGGCUCUGGAGGCUCUGGAGGCCGUGGUCUGCCUCACUCUUCGUAAAGACUCCCUUGACCAGUUAGGUGAUUUCCAGAGUUCUGUUCGUUAUGAUCUGACCUUGGACCCGGGCCGUCGGAUUUCUCGUGCUGUUUUUUAUGAGACCAAGAACUGGACUUUGACUCGAAGGAAAACCCUGGGGCUUGGGGAUCACUGUGAAACCGAGAAGCUGCUUUUGCCAGGCUGCAUAGAGGAUGUGGUGAGCCCCAUCAUCCUGCGCCUCAACUUCUCCUUGCCGAGGGACUCCAUUUUAGCCUGGAGCCUCCGCCCUGUGCUGGCUAUGGGCUCUCAAAACCUCUUCACCGCUUCUCUCCCAUUUGAGAAGAACUGUGGGCAAGACCAACUCUGUGAAGGGGACCUGAGUGUCAGCUUCAGCUUCUCAGGCCUGCAUACCCUGAUGGUGGGGAGUACCUUGGAGCUCAGUGUGACAGUGACUGUGUGGAAUGAGGGUGAAGAUUCCUAUGGAACUGUGGUCAACUUCUAUUAUCCAGUGGGGCUGUCCUAUCGACGGGUAUCAGGAGUACAGAGGCAGCCACGUCAGCGCUCACAGCAUGUGGCAUGUGAGGCAGAAUCCACCGAGAAAGAGGGCUCGAGGAGCAGCAGCUGCAGCAUCAACCACCCCAUCUUCCAGGAGGGCGCCAAGGUCACCUUUACUGUCACAUUUGAUGUCUCCUACAAGGCUACCCUGGGAGACAGGUUGCUAAUGAGAGCCAACGCAAGCAGUGAGAACAACAAGCCUGCAACCAGCAAGACGACCUUCCAGCUGGAACUCCCGGUGAAGUACACGGUGUAUACAGUGAUCAGCAGGCAGGAAGAAUCCACUAAGUACAUCAACUUUUCAACUUCUGAUGAGAAGAGCAAGAAAGAGGCUGAACACCGAUAUCGUGUGAAUAACCUGAGCCAGCGAGAUCUGGCCAUCGGGAUCAAUUUCUGGGUUCCUGUCUUGCUGAACGGCAUGGCUGUGUGGGAUGUGACGCUGAGGGUCCCCUCCCAGAGUCUCUCUUGUGUGUCACAAAGGGAACCACCCCAGCAUUCCGACUUCCUGGCCCAGAUUACAAGGAGUUCUGUGCUGGACUGCUCCAUCGCUGACUGCCUCAGGUUCCGCUGUGAUGUCCCCUCCUUCGGCAUCCAGGAGGAGCUCGACUUCAUCCUCAAGGGCAACCUCAGCUUCCACUGGGUCAGCCAGACACUGCAGAAGAAGGUGUUGGUGGUCAGUGUGGCUGAAAUCACAUUCGACAGAUCCACGUAUUCCCAGCUUCCCGGGCAGGAGGCAUUUCUGAGAGCGCAGAUGGAAACAGUGCUAGAGGAAUUUGAGCUCUAUGACCCGGUGCCCCUUGUGGUGGGCAGCAGCGUGGGAGGGCUGCUGCUGCUGGCUCUCAUCACAGCCUCGCUGUACAAGCUUGGCUUUUUCAAACGGCAGUACAAAGAAAUGCUGGGGGGCCAAUCUGAAGCCCCUGCCACACUGAGCAAGGACGAUGCCAUCUAUGAGGCCCCGGAUGUGCCUGGGUUCUAACCGUCCACACUGCUGCUUAGCUAGACCUCGAGCUGCCCUUGUCUCUGUGUCCUUCUACUUUCACGGAACGACUUCUGCACAGUUCUGGACCGGCCUGAGGAGCCUACCUAGUGCUGAGCCACCCGCUGGAGGAGUGGAAAGAUUUUUAAAAAAAUAUUUUUAUAAAUCUGUCAAACUUCUUCUGUGAUGAUUUUUUUUAUAGGAGCAGGCACGAUGCCAGUAUACAUUUUCAUAUGGUAAAAAAAGCGGUCACAUGAAAUGAGGAUGCAAUACCCUGUUUCCCUUGCAUGAAGCAGCUCUAACCCAGGGACCUCGGCGCUGUUCUAGGCAUGCUUGGGGGAACCUCCGGCAGGUAUAGGACAGGUCCUUGUGCUUUCUCAGGGACCUGGGGCCUGAGGCCAUCUUUCCUUAAUGGUUAUGAGUGACAUGGGGGGGGGGCGAGCAUGUGUAGAGGGGAGGUGUGUGUGUGUGUGUGUGUGUGUGUGUAUUCGGUUCAGCACAGGCUAGGAAAAGCCUGUCCUACGAAGCAAUGAAAUGUCCGACUUAUCUGAACCUGUGUCACUCUUGAAUCCCUGAAGCCAGGACAGGUUUCCAGGAAGGACUUUCUGAUUUCCAAACUAAUACAGAAGAUCCAUUAGAGGCCAUCAGUGAGAACCUCGGAAUGUUCCAAAUCUAGAA